AUAAUGGGCCAACUGUCAGACAAGAUGGGUCGCAGACCGGUCAUCUAUCUGUCCGCCCUGUCCUUGCUCAUAUCCGGGACGGCCAUCUGUUUUGUGAAUUCCUUCACGUAUUUCGUGGCGCUGCGCUUCUGGGUGUCUGCGUCGGUGAGCACAAUCCAGAUCACUAGCUUCGUGCUCCUUAUCGAGCUGUCGACGCCGGCGCGCCAGUGUCUCUACGGCGUGAUCGCAAUCGCGACGGCCACCAUCGCGGCCCAGCUGUAUCUCAAAAUUGUAGGUUACUUCGUCCACGACUGGGUCCUGACGCAACUUGUCGUGAUGCUGCCGACGUCCCUGCUGCUGUCCACCUUCCUCCUUACGGUCGAGUCGCCGCGCUGGCUCUUGGCCACGUUCGAAUUCAAAGACGCGGAGCGCCUCAUUAUGUGGAUGGCUCAGAUGAACGGACUCAGCAUCCACCACGCCCAGCAGCAGUGGCGCCUUUACAAACUCGGAGUCGGGACCCGGGUCAAAGGUUACCGCGUGGCGGAAAUGCUGUGCACGAACGUUCUCGGAAGCGGCAUCGUCAUCGUCUUCUGGUGCUGGUUCGUCGUCAUGCUCGCGUUUUACGGCCCCAGGGGCAGCCACCAUCUAGUCAACAUCUGGAUGGUCGCCGCAGCAUUCGUGUCCCAGGUCAUCGGUGCCAUCUUGGUGUACGUGUCCAUGACCAGUCGUGGCCAGAGGGUCACCUUGCUGGCGCUGCUGCUUGGUUUAUCUGCGCUCGCGGGGAUGAAGGCCGCGAGUGCCGAUUUCCAGCAAAUCUUGGUUCUGGCGCUCCCAGUGGACACAAGCGCGGAGAUUGUCCUCGAUUUGACCGUCAUAGCCCUCUACGCGUACAGCGUAGAACUCUUCCCCACGGUGGUUCGCAGUAUGGGCUUGUGCGCGGUAUACUUCUUCGGCAGACUCGGCGCUAUCGCUUCAACUCUGCUUCGAGAACUGGGAUUCCUGACUCACGUGGAGCACUUCUGGGGCCUGCUGAGCUUGUUCGGUGCGCUGACCGCUCUGGCCGUCUACUUUUUGCCCGACGCUGCGUGGGCGGGAGACAUACCUCCUGGCGCGAACGUUGCCAAGAAGUAUUCUCAGUUCGUACGACGUCCCUCCCUUGCUCCGGGGACGUCCGCAACUCCCAGCCCCACCAAUCUCAGGCCAACGCCGAACGAUCCUCGAAGGCCGCCAGAAAGUCGUACGAUUAUACUCUUACAAAGAAAGGGUUCGAUGUAG